CUCAGGCGCAGGGAGGCGCACAGCAGGGCAAGUGGCACCACCAGCGGGUCCGUCAGGCCUCCCGCGCACGCAUGCCAGCGGCCACCCAGACCACGCUCCGCCACCUGGGCGCCCGAGGUGCAGUCGCCCUCUGUGUGCAGGCAGCAGCUGCCUGGCAACCCCCGAGCUCGCUCGCGCUCCCAGCAUCGCAGAACCAGGACCAGGUGUCCCAGUGGCUGCGGUCAAGCCAGGCAUUCUGCCCGGCGGCAGCGGCUGCACAGAAGCGAGAACUAAGAACUCGCCGCUCAACCCCACACGGGGUGACUGCCGAGUGCCCAUACCAACGGCCCCGAUCUCCCUCAGGUGGAGGAGUGGGUGGGAGACACGGCCUGGGGGCCCUCAGGCUGGGCACGCUGGCGAUCCCGAGGCCGACCAGGCCAUGCACCUCCAGCCCGCCGUGGCACCUAAGCUGCGGGCGCCUUCUGUGUGCAGGCAGCAGUCUCCAGGCAACUCCCACGCCCGCCCGCACUCCCCACAUCUCAGAAGCAGGGCCAGAUGUCCCUGUGGCUGCGGCGAAGCCAGGCGGUCUGCCCUGCAGCAGCAGCACAGGGGCGGGAACCGGCCCUCAGCACUAUGCCCCGUGGCUGCAGAGGGCCCCUGGCUAGAGGUCUCGAGCUCUGGCAGAGGAGGAGCUGGGCAGGGGCAGGGUCUGGCGGCCUCUCAGGUCAGGGGCACUAGCUAUCCAGAGGCCGCACAUGCCAUGCUCCCCAACUGGGCGCCCAGCUACAGGCGCCGGGCAACUCCCAAGCUGGCUGGCGCACCCAGCCUCGCAGACCCGGACCUAGAUGUCGCCGUGGCUGCGGCCAAGCCAGGCGGUCUGCCCGGCGGCGGCUGCACCGGGGCACGAACCGACCCUCGGCCCUAUCCCCUGUGGCCGCGGACGGCCCUUGCAGCGGCCCUCAUCUCUCUUCUGAGGAGAAGAGGGGCGGGAUUCACGGCCAGGCGGGCCCUCAGGCGGGAAGCGAUGCGCGCCUGCGAUUCCGGGAUGUCUGACGCCAGCCCAGGAGAACCCGCAAGCCAGUGGCGCCUGUUUCUCUGCGUGAUUCUGCGAGGAACGACCAAAUUGUUUUCCACAGCAAGUGCAUAAUUUUCUAUUCCUAGCUGCCAGUUCAUGAUGGCUCCAGUUUCUCCACCUCCUUAGCAACAUUUAUUUUCUGUGUCGUUAUGAAAGCCUUACUAGUGGAUGCAAAGUGGCAUCUCAUUUGUUUUGUCUUGCAUUUUAUUAAUGAAUAACGGUGUUUAACAUCUUUUCUUGUCCUUCUUAGACAUUUGUGUAUCUUCUUUGGAGAAAUGUCUAUUCAAGUCCUUUGCCUAUUUUUUAAUUGGGAUCUUAGAAAUUCUGUUGUUGAGUUGUGGGACAUUAAGCUUUUAUCAGAUACACACUUUGAUUUUAUCAGAUACAUAUUUUCUCACAUACUAUGGGUUGUCUUUUCACUCCCUUGAUAGUAUCCUUUGAUGCAUAAAGGGUUUUUAUUUUGAUUAAAUCUAAUUUACGUGUAUUUUCUUUUGUUAUCUGUGCUUUUCUGUCAUAUUUCAAAAUACACUUAAAACUCAAAAGGUCA